AUGUCCGGAGAAGAGGGAAAGUCUUACGUGAGUUUCAAACAAAAAGCUAGGUUUUACCAAAAAAAAUGAAAUGCUGAUGAAAUUUUGAAGGACGGAUAGGUGAGAAGAAAAGGAAAAAACGAAAGGAAAACAUAUUUUUCCCAAUGUUUUUGUUAUUUAAAUGGACCUUUUGUAUUUUUGAGAAAAACAACGAGAAAAACAAUAUUUGUUACAAAAGUAUUUAAAAAUAGAAUGAAAGAAUGGUCAAAACUAAAAAAUAAAGCAUGUCCUAUUUUUUUCUUGAAAGUAAGGUCAGAAGAAUUUCAGUCUUCAAUUGAUGAAAAAACUUUUUUUUUCAAAAAUUUUACUUUUAAUUUUGCAACGAACUUUUCAGCGGAAAGUUUCAACUUCUAUAUGUUUUCUCUUUCUCUUUAUUUUGGCAUUUGAUAAAAAUUGAAAAUUCUAAGCGACACUUUUUUUCUCAACUGUUAUGACGUGUCUACAGUACUCCAAAAGUUCUUUCUGACAAAUUACCUUGUCAUACCUUUUGUUGUUCGGCACAAAAGGUAAUUCAAAAAAGGAUUGCUUUAAGUUUUCUUUCUAUUGUGAGUUAUUUUUCAUCAUAUUUCCAAACUUUUGUUUGAAAAAACACCCCACAUUUUCAUCACUAAAAACUUCAAUGUCAAAUAAAAAAUUUUCAGUCAAAAUGUUUCGUCUAGAACUUUAAUCUUUCGGUAAAACAGAAAUAGUGCAGUAAAACAGAAAUAGUUCUCUUUCUUUGGAAGAAUAUUUGGAAAACAUUUUCUGAAGAAUUCUUUAAUUUCAUCCUCAGAUUUUAUAUUCAUGACGUGACCUUUGCUUUACUCACCCAUUUAUUUUUUUUAGCAUUAAUCAUUUUCUGUUUUUUUCAAAAUAAACAUGUUGAUAGGUCUUCCCCUCUGGAAAGCAUAUCUUAUUCAAACAACUUUGUCGAAUAUAACUAAUUAUAGUUCACAAGAUUUGGUAUGUGUGUUUUCUGAAUUCUUCAAAAUAUGAAGCUCCUUGGAAAAUAAUUGGCUAAUAAAAGUUUCUUCCGUUUAUUUUGAUUAUUCAUUCAUUCGAUUGCCCUUCUUAUGAUUUAUAAUGGAAAAUUAAUAAUAACAUAUAAUCGUUGUUGUGCUUUCUGGUGACACCCUUCUUAUUUUUUCUCGCUCCUUCGAAUGAUUCAUCCAUCCCUCUCACUUUAUUAUUAUUAUGGUUUUUCCCUUCGUUCGUUCGUUUAUCGAUAAGAAUGUGUCAAAACAUUGUGCCUCGUUCAAAAACGAAACUACUUGCCCUUUUUUCUUUCUAUUUCCUGGGGCGGAGCCAAUACACCAUAGCAUAUUUCUCUGUGUCUCAGUUUUGUUGCCUGGUUUCUCGUUUUUUUCUGCCUGCGCGCAUAUAUGUUUCACACAUACUGUUUGUGUUUCAUUUUUCGAAACUCUUUCUUUUUGAACUUCAAGUUCUUCUACUUUUUGAAUAUAUAAUAAUAAUAUAAGUAAGUAGUUUAGAAUGAGCCAUAUUCCUCAAUCGACUCCACCAGCUUUCAUCCGUUGGUAUGAAAAUGAAAAGGUAAGGAAACAUGAGAAUCAGUGAAGUGGAAAAUUGAAAAAUAGGGAUUUUCUAUAAGUUGAAUGUUAGAUCUUCCUGUUGGAUAAAAGUCGUAAUUUUUUGUAGUGAUACUUUCUUAGCGCACCUAUAGUCCAAAUUUUAUUGCUCACCUUUUUUGAAUGACGUUCUUAUCAAGAAAUUUUGCUUUACAACUUUGAACUUUAUUUAUCAUCUUUUUAAUCAAAGUUGAGUACAAACAAUCCUGGAAUUUGAUGGUUGAUCUCUUCUAACUUUUAAUCUAAAACUGGAUCAAUUAUAUUCGCACUUUCAAAGAGAUUACCCCUAUCGAAUUUCCAGUUUUUUGUGUUGUUUGUUUUUUUUCUUCCCAAAAUUGGUGGCGGAUGCACACACCAUCCAGAUUCAAUCAUUUCGCUCUCUGUUUUGGCGCCUUUUUAGUCGUUCAUAGAUCAUCACGCGAUUUGGAAGCUUGAAAAAAGUUUGUGUGCCUCACUUUUUCGUCGUCUUCUUUUCCAUCUUUUUAUUUUUAUGCUAACCUUUUUGAGUAUUGUGAAAUGGCAUAUGGAUGAAAAAGAACUAUGGGUUGGUAAGAAUAUUGGAGAAAAAAGUUUAUUUCUCAAACACUUAUUUAUUUUUGCCUAUCUGUCAAUAUAUAAAAACUUUCAAACUAUACAAACAAAAUGAUUCAGCAUUUUAUUAUAUAUCAAUUUUAGUUUUGAUAAAAAAGAAAAAAAUCAGAGCAAUGAAAAUCAUAAAAAAAUGACAUUUUUCAGCCAGUCCCAUACCGUAGCGUUCUUCAAGAGAAGUUCGAACCAGGACAAACUUUGAUUGUCAAGGGAUCAACAAUUGAUGAAUCUCAAAGAUUCACCAUCAAUCUUCACGCGAAAUCUGCUGAUUUCUCUGGAAACGAUGUCCCAAUUCACGUUUCUGUUCGUUUCGAUGAGGGAAAGAUUGUUUUGAACUCUUUCUCGAAUGGAGAAUGGGGAAAAGAAGAGAGAAAAUCAAACCCAAUCAAAAAGGGAGAUUCAUUCGAUAUCAGAAUCCGCGCUCACGAUGAUAGAUUCCAAAUUAUUGUUGAUCACAAAGAAUUCAAGGACUACGAACAUCGUCUUCCACUUUCAUCAAUCUCUCAUUUCUCAAUUGAUGGAGAUUUGUAUUUGAACCAUGUUCAUUGGGGAGGAAAAUACUACGUUAGUUUAUCAAUUUUAUAAACUUUUGAAAACAAAUAAACGUUUUAUUUUUCAGCCAGUCCCAUACGAAAGUGGACUUGCCAACGGACUUCCAGUUGGAAAGACUCUUUUGGUCUUCGGAACUGUCGAGAAGAAGGCCAAGAAGUUCCACUUGAACUUGCUCCGCAAAAAUGGAGACAUUGCUCUUCACUUCAAUCCAAGAUUCGAUGAGAAGGUAAUUUUCAUAAAGAAUAACAAAAGGUUAUUUACAAAAUAAAUUUAUUUUAGGCUGUCAUUCGCAACUCAUUGGCUGCCAAUGAAUGGGGAAAUGAGGAACGCGAAGGAAAGAUUCCAUUCGAGAAAGGAGUUGGAUUCGAUUUGGCCAUCCAAAACGAAGCCUACGCUUUCCAAGUAAGAUACUUUGAUUUUGAAAUAUUCCAUCAAUCCAAUAUUUGCAGAUCUUCGUCAAUGGCGAACGUUUCGCUUCAUUCGCUCACCGCGCUGAUCCAAAUGACAUCGCUGGACUCCAAAUCUCUGGAGAUAUCGAAUUGACUGGAAUUCAAAUCCAAUAA